AUGUCACCGCUGACCGAUUUAUUUUCGUUGCCUAACGAAUUAUUUCUGUCGGAUAUCUUUACUCAUUUUGAUUCGGUUGAUUUAAUCAAACUGUUCAACUCAAUAGAAAACCGACGAUUGAAAUGUUUAGUUUGGGCGUCAUUGCAGACAAGAAUGUCCAUCGAUCUGGCCCGAGUGGAACUAAGUAAUCAAUGGCUCACAUCCAAUCUGUCGUUUCUUCCAUCUGGUAAUCAAACUAUUGCUGUUCGAAUCGACAAUACUCAGUUGAAUGAAACAUUAGCGGCUGUCAUAGUCAAAGUAUUCCCAAAACUGACUCGUGUGGAAGUGAUUAUGUUACAGGAGCGACCACAAAAGGAAUUCUUUUUAAUUUUAUCGCGAGUGAAUCUUGAUUCUUUGACAUUGUCAUCAAUCGCAAAUGAUCAGAAUGAAAUGUUGAUCUACGUGUGUAAUUCACAGUGCACGCUUCGCUAUUUAACUAUCACCGAAGACAACAACCCUAUUCAUACACCAUUGGAAGAGUUAUUUUAUCAUUACAAUUAUCGUUUGACAUGUUUAUCAGUAGCUGUGAUUGAUCUAGGUGUAGCUGCGUCACUGAUGUGUCAUGUCCCUGUUCUUGAAAAGCUUGUACUACGAUUACCUCAGCGUCGUCGAUGUACAGCAGGACAUCCUCGUGAAUAUCGUGACGAGGAUCAUCGUUCAUCUCAAUGGUCCAAUCGUCUUCAAUUGUUAAGUAUUAUUGCGCCUCGAGCAUACACACGCAUCACCUCAUCGUUCUAUGAUUUUGUACGUCGUUUUGGGUCAUCACUUGAGCGACUCUCGUUCUAUCUGACUCCACAAGCACUCGAACGUGAACUUCUUGAACAAUUACCUCGUCUGACACGAUUAGAUUUUUGUAUCCAUACAGGACCCACUUAUCCUCAUGAGAGCGAUGCAAGACGUUUGUUUGAUCAGUGGUCAGUCAACCAACGGCACGUUAUAUCUAUCUACCAUAGUCCAGGUCGUUUUCAUACUCGAUUCACCCUUCCAUUCGUCUUUGAUCGACUAGAGAUAGUUGACGCAUCAUUUUUAGAUUUUCAUUCGAAUCUGCCGAUGGCUGAUGAUUCUCUUCGAUUGCCAACUGUACGUCACAUUUCUUUUCUGUGUUCCACAAGAAAAAUUUUUACUAACACGUUGCUCGAGAAAAUUCAUCAUACUUGUCCGCGAGUCCAUUCAAUCCAUUUGACCAAUGCUGGACCGCCACUCUGCCUGAGUAUUACACUUGCAAAGCUUGAUUUAUUACCUUCAUUUACUUUCCAAAUGGUUACUCAACUCGAGAUUGAUCAUAGUUCAACAUCUUUGCCGACUCUUCGUCGAAUGUUCGAAUUAUUUCCUCGUGUCGAACAUCUUGUCAUAUCCUACAAGUUUGUCGAAUCCUGGCGCAUUGUGCAGCCGCUAUGUGAGCUACCAAAGAGUGUUCGUCGCUUUACUGUUCAACUAAAAUAUGACAAAGGCCGAACAAACAUUGAUCAAUGGCAAACAUGCUUACCCUUCUCUGUCGAACUUCACUCGUAUAUCUCGAAGAAUUAA